ACUUUAGUGUCUCUCGUGUGCAAAAUCUGUGGUGUGUGCAUCGAUACUGGAAGUUAUUAAUACGGUUUUGGUGUUUGAUUUAAAACAGAAACUGGUGUCAAACGAUACUGCAAUUCAUUAUCAUGACGACUCGUGAAGAUAGUGAGGUUGAUCAAUCCAAUGAAAACCCUGUUGACACUCAGGGUAAGAACGCACGCAUUGCCGCUCGUGAAGUUUGUGUUGAAGAGAGUGCUUCUGACGGUAUUGCGUUGAAGUGUAAACAUUGUGCAUUGUGUAACGAUGCCUCUCAUAACGGCAACCAACCCAAUGGAGUUUCUUCUUCUGGCUUGGAGUCUAAAAGCAAAUGUGGGCAUUGUUGUUCUGUUGAAGCAAUUCCUGCAUUACCUUGUUCUACCGAUUCGUCUCAUGAUUUAAACCACUCGCUGGAAAUUCAUAAGGCAAAUGGAGAAAAAGCAAUGCAAAAUGGAUCAGGCUACUUGGUUCAAGACGAAGAGCUAUCAGAUGUGCACAAUGGAAUUGGAGUAGACCAUUCACCCAGUCCUGUAUACCUGACUAGCCCUUGCUCAGAAAAUGUAAAACCCAUAGUAGCCGAUGUUUCAAGUGCAUCAUUUUUCUCAUGUCCUGAUGAUCGUCUGGCUUCUCCUGGCUCGGAUUCCAUGGUCACUGCAUGUGAUGGAACUUCUUCAAGAUCAUGUUCUUCUCUGAGCUGCCCAUCUUCAGGAUCGUCAGCAUCUUCUCUUAUCUGCGCACUCUCACCAGACAGGGAUUCUGUUGCUCCUACCUGUAGUUCACCUUCUGCAAACUCAUUUGUGGAAGAUCAACUCCUGGAAUCUCUGGCUAAUCAAAUGAGUCUGACUGGAAAUGGAAUGGAAAAUUCUUUGUUGAAUUCAACCUUAGUUUCCCAACAUGAAACUCCUGAAGCAUUAUGCCUGGACUCCCAACCAAACAUCUCAAUGCCUGCUUCAUCUGAUGUUUCUUCCUACUCACUUGAUGACUCAAUGGUUCAAGACAUGAAUGAUCUUUCUUUGGCAGCAUCCACUGUCCAACUUCAAUCUGAAUGCACUCAAGAUUGUUCUGCAUUUGACAGCUUGUGUGACAAUGUUGGAGUGCCUUCUCAAUGGAAAGAGCUAAGCGCAUCGAUACGGCAACUCCAUCAGACUGUGAUCAACAGCACUGUAGUGGAAGCAGGAGGUUCCAGCUGCUCUGUUGCAGUUGGUGCUGAAUGCUCAUCAGGCUGCAGGAAUUCUGACUCAGCUGCUCAUCCUUUGCCUACUGUUCUAUGUGACUCUGCUUGCCAUGAUUGCUUGACUGCAACUUCUUCUGAAUGCACUCCUUGUAGCAAGUCAAAUGGCUCUCUUACCAGGGAAGGUCAAUUGGAGGACUCGGUAUCUACAUCAUCCACUUCUGGCUCCACUUAUACUUGUAAAGCAUCAUCUCUUGCUGUGGAGGGUGAAUUGACAAGUUCUUCUGAUGCUAAUGCAGCCAACUCAUUAACCACCCCUGAUGAAGGUAGCAGUUCUAAUGGGCAAUCUAGUGAUGCUCUGCUCAACUCUUCUGGUUCAACACUAGUUGGAGAUAAUUCAAGUGAUGGAACUUUGGACCAAUUGAUGGCCAUUAAAGAUGGUGCAGCUCAAGUGGAUGCUAGUUCUGCCAGUUCUGCUCCUCCCAGUGGUGAUGGAAAAUUCAAGACUCCUAACAUCAUUGAUCUUGCAAACUUGCGUACCCAUACAGUCAAGAUUUCCAGUCCUGUUUUCCAAAGGCCUUCAAUUGACAGAAUUAAAAGCUUGGUGGAAGAUUUGAUGGUGACUGACCCACAUCAGCUGGUGCUGCGACUCUCUCAGCUGCUUCAAGAAAUGUGUGAACUGCUCAAAGUCCGCCUUCUUGCUGAGGUGCUCAGUUCCCCAACUGUUGCUCAAUCCCAUAACUUUGCUAAGAGCGUGUGCCAAGCAUAUCAACAAGUGGUCUGUGUGGUGGAUGCUGUCCGCCCUGCUCUUCAUGCUCUGGAGACACGUUUCUCUCUGAACUGGUUCUCCUUUGCGCUCCAUGUCUUCAACAUUACCAUCCUCGAGGAUAAAGAUGUCACUGGUUACAUCAAUGUCUGCAAAGUGAAGGUGUUGUCCUGCUCAAACGCGGCCACAGAAGAUGGUGCUGGGGGCGAGGGCGACGUAUCAGGCCUCGUGUGGUGGUCUUGGCUGGCCCGUGUUUGCCAGGAGGCAGGAGCUGCUGCCCGAGAAGGCCAUGCAACGCGCGUCACGCCGCACAACAGACAUAAGUUCAGACUCAAGGAUGCUGCUGUUGGCGAGCUGCCUCUUCCUACUGAUGGCGUGGUGGCUCCUCAGCCUGUGCAACAUCCUGAUGGAGGGUCUCAGUCGUUUGCAUGCGAGUGUGAACACUGCAGCUCCUCCAAGCGCACUGCUGUUGUCACUCAGCCUUACUCGUCCCCCACAGCUGCACUGUCUGAUGCUGCUAACAAUGGAGUUUCUCUCUCUCAGCUGUACCCGCACAUUCAUGGCCCCUCUGCAUCUUCACCAAAGCGCCCACUUUUUGAUAAUCCAUACGUUGGUAGCGAUAUGCUGAGCGAGCAGCUGAUGAAGGAGUGGGAGCAGGCUUAUGGUGACACGAUCGCGCCCCCUGGUCCUGCCCCCUUCCCUCAGGCGUGUGUGGACAGUAUGCACUGCUGCACGCCUGCUGCUAAUGUCACUCAUGUCAGUGAAGGAAGCACUCCCGCGGCGCCUGUCACGUCAAGUUGCAGCCCUGCGGCUGUGACGACCACAACCGCCCCACACGAGGCUCCCCCUGUUAAGCACGACAACAACUACUGCUGUGACCGCCACCACCCCACCUCUGCCUCGUCCUCAGCUCCUCCUGCUGCCAGGGCGCGCACCAAGGCCAUGACUUGUAAACAUGAAGACGACUGCACUGGAGAGUCUCAGAGCGGCACGGCCGACGAGUGGAGCAGUGGUUGUAACAGCAGCAGUGGUGAUGAGAGCGACGCCUCGUCCAGCGGUCACGUCGAUAAUCAUUGCGAUUGUUGUUACUACCACGGCGUGCAUCACAAGCAGUCGGGAGGACGUCAAAAAUACUCUGAUCGACGUGACAGACUUCUUCGCAUCCUAAAUGAGAAGAAGAUUGCUGGACAGAGCGUUGCAAAGCAACCCGAAGAAUCUCAGCCUGCACGCCAGCCGCAGCAGCCCUAUGUAGGGGACAAGGACAUUGACACAAUACUCAGCUACAUUGAUGGCAGCACUGCUCAAAAGAAUAAUAAGAAAAAACAGAAGCAACGAGUCAAAAAGGUGGCCAGCAAAUCCAAGAACGUUGCUCAGGCAAGAGCUGCAGAUGAUAUGAGUGAUUCCAAUGAUUGCACAACAACCGUGAGUGGAGGACGCCGCGCAGCUAACAGCAAGAGUGCCUCAUCCAGCAAGAGUAAUUAUAGUAGCAGUUCAGGAGCUAUGGUCAAGCUGCCUGCUAAAGUAGAAGUUAGGAACACUACUGAUGCUGACCAGAAACAGCGAGUUGGCUCGGCGAGCAGAGCAAAAGCACCGCUUGAGGCGACUAGCUCAUCUGAUGGAUGGCGAGAUGGCAUGUCUGAAGAAGAAGACAAGCAGGAGAGAAACAGGGUGGUUGUUCAGCCUGCUGCAAGUCUUGAUGAGCUUGAAGACAAGGAUGGUGCCAUUGCUGAACUGAGACGCCGUGCCCACGAAGUUACCGUCACACUCAUCAAACAAGACGAUCAGCUGAUGAAGCAUCAGGUUCUCCAGUCUAGAGGCUGCUCUACCUUAACCAAGUCACAGGAGAUGCAGCAACAGUUUCAGCAACUACAACAGCAGCAGCAGCCACAUCAGCAGCGAUUCAACAGCGGGUCAUCACACCCUUUACACGCAGCUGCAGCACCACCCGCUUUCUCUGCAUUUGCAGCGCCUCAGCCAACCCUGGGAGGUUUUGGUUUUCCAGGCCUGAGGCAUUCCAGGCCUUCAUUCCUGGUGGCAUAAGCUCCUUCUCUAGUGGUGAGGUGGCUACUGGUGGUGGAGGCCUAAGCAAACUCAUCCAAGGCCUGGAAAAAGACGAUUCCAACAAAGACAACAAGGAUUUGCAGAUGGUGACAAUAAGGCGUGUCAUGGACCCAGCAAGCUCUGAGCCCACAGUCACCAUCACGCUUAAGGGAGAGCAGGCAAACCAGGAAAAGGUUUGAUACAAGCUCGUUAACGGCCAAGCAAUUGCUGGAAACAACAGCGCAGGUGGUGCAGGCUACACUGCUGUAGCAAAGAAGGAACCGCUCCGUCCUCCCCUAACUUGAGUCAGAAGGAGCUCAAGAAAUGGAAGAAAACGCAGAAAAAGGAACGGCAGAGGCAGCAACAGAAUAGCGCCCGAGUUGCGGCUGAUCGAGAACACGACAUUCACCUGCAGCAGUACGAACAGCAGAGAGAGAUCUUGAAGCAGCAAGAGGAACAACUUCGUCUGCAGACUUUGCAGAUACAGCGGCAACAAGAAGAGCUGCUCAGACUGCAACAAUUGCAUGCCGCUCGAGCCCUGCAACAGCAACAACCGCAUCAUCAACAAACGCUCAAGCAAAAUAAUUCAGCUGGCAAAAGGAAGAAUGCUAACCAAUCUAAUGUUGGUAAAGCAGGCAAGAAAAAGGGGAAGGAAAAUGAACAGAACGUGAACAGAACUGGUUCUGGAAAAAGUGGGGAUCUGGACGACCUUACUGAUGGGCUUCAGUUACCACCUGGUGUGAGCAUCAGCCGAGUUGCUGGUCAGCCUGGAAUGCUUAAUAUUUCGUCAAAUCCAUCUUUUAUUGGCGGUAUGACACCACCAAUGAUGGGUGGACUGCCCUCUGCUGCAUCUGUAACCGGUAUGUACAAUAUGAAUUCGAUGGCUGGCAUGCCUCACCUGAACUCUGGGCUUUCUACUGGUGGAAAUCUUGGCGGUUCUGAUCUACUCCUGAAGUCGCCGUCGUUCGAUCCCUGGAGGUAUACUGACCAAACCAUUGUUGACGACUUGGCCGGAAAGCGAUACCCGGAAACAAGAAACCUAACGAACCACCAGCAAAGGAAGAAUCUUCUAAGAAACCGCAAAAGAAAAAGAAGCAGAACGAAGCGCGUGAACCCAGUCCUCCAGUCGCUAAUAUCCCAGUCAAAGGUAAGAAUAAAACAAAGGUGCAAUCGAAAGUGGUAGCUGAGAAAAACACUAAUAAAAAAUCUGACAGGCCUGAACCAUAAAAUAGUAAGGCUCCAGUAGCGCCGAGACUUUUGAUAGUGAGUCAGAGAAAGAUUGCAUCCUGGACAAACGGAUGACAGCCGACGAGCGUAUCCAUGCAGCUCUUAAUGGCUUGUUGGAUCCUGAACGCUUGAGCAGAAGCCAGAGAAUGAAAUACAACAAGCAAGUCAUUGCUAGAGGAGAUGGCACUCUUUUGUUGCCCACUGCUUGCAAGAAAAAGACGAACCAAAAGCACAGGCUUCUAAAACUAAAACUGUUGCAGUCGAAGAUAAAAAGGACGUUGUUGUGGAAGAGCUGGCAACGCCGGUUUUGCGCGACAGUGAUGAUGAACCUGGAGACGAUGAGGAUCUGAUGGACCAAAUCUACAAUUUAUCUGUGGACAAAAAAGGUAAAAAUAAUUUGCGCGUUACUGGGUUCUCAAUCUGUUACUCUCGUGACGAUAAGGCCGUUGAGGAAGUUAAUUCCUAACCUACUGCAGAUUCAGCAGUCGCAGAAGCAUUAAGUCAUCAACCCGUUGCUCCUGAAACCGUCAUUGCCAAGGCUACUGCGACAAGGAACUCAAAGGCAUCUGAAAUGCCAGUAAAAAGCAAUCUGUUGUUGACCCAAAGAAAAUAAAAAAUAAUGAGGUUAAAAUUCUCAAAGCUGGAACUGUGGAAUUGACGAAACCCAAUCUAAUGCUCCCAUCAAAACAGCCGAGCCGAAGAAAACGGAGAAAAGAUUCCAAAAAGCCAGUUGAUGUAGGUCAGUCCAAGUCCUCAACUAAACCUGCACCUGCUAAGCCUGUGAUCCCCAAAACUAACUCCACGGCAAAGUAUAAAAGUAAACAUCAGAUUAGAUCUUCCGCUACCGCGAACGGAGAAGUAUCAUCGGUAGAGCCUGUGAAUGUGAGCAAGACGAAAAAUUAUGAUGAAGCUCUUGCAACGGGCAAACAAGAGCGGUCCAGCGAAAACAUCUUGGGUGGCUGAUCGGCAGCCUCCCAAGAAUGUAAGUUCCCAAAAGUAGCAAAAGCUGCCCGCAAAAAGCGAUCAGAGCGACAAGAGUAUCGCUGUUCAAAACAGACAUCCAGGGAAUCAACAAAAACUUGCCAAACAGCAGGUACAGAUGCAAGGUUCUGAUAACCAUGUUGCUCAGGCUUCUCUUCUUCAAACUCGUCAACAUCAUCAACCACAGCCAGUUCAAGAACAGAAAAUGCAGCCUCAGCAGCAUCAUCAGCAGCAGCCACUGCCACUUCAGCAAACGAUGCAGUUGAAUUCUGGUGCUAGUCGACAGAGUGCUGGUCAUUCCGUCCCAAGCGCCAAAAAUGCCGUAAACAGUACCGCACCGUUGCCUCAGACGCAGCAGUUCCAACCUAUGCCCCAGCAGAACCUUCAAGCUUAUGGCCUUCCGCAAUCGCAGCCUGACCCGAAAAAUGUCAAUUUAUUACAACAGCAGCAAUUCCCACGCCAUCCGACAUCUGUGCCACAGCUUCCUCAACUGUCUCAGCUGCAGGGUCUUCAGGCAAACAGCCAUUCUAGGAAUGUCUCUCAAGUACAGGCCUCUCAGCAUCACCAGCUCCCCGUUACUUCCCAUCAGCAGCUCAUGCCUGCACUGCAUUCUGUGUUCAAUGACGCAGUAUCUCAGAGUUCUUAUAAUCCGCUCAUUAGCUCGUCUGCUUUCUCCAAUCCUGCUGGCUUCGGUCCUUUCUCAAACUCGUCAAAUACAUUUGGUUUUUCUAACGGCAGCGCUUUUGGGAAUUCUUCAGCGUUUCCUGCGGUUACUAACCAUGGUCUCGGUAGUCUGGGGAACACUGCGGGAUAUUCAAGCUCAGGCCAAAGCUACCUCGGUAGCGCUUCAAUGAGUGGCUCAAUGUGUGCAGCAUCAUCUCCCAAUUACUGCUUGUCAAAUGGAAACGGUGGAUGCGCGGAUACCUCCGGUGGAGGCUUCAGCACCUCUCCUCUGAGCUUUUCGAGCGGAUGUGGCGAUGGCCAUGAGGCACGCUAUGCUCAGUAUCUUGCUGCAAACGCAAACGCCCUCUCGUCGUACGGAUCUUUUGGAUCAGGGAGUCUUGGAGGCAUUGGUGCUGGCAAUGGCGUAGGAGGUUUUGGCGCCGGAGGUUUGGGGGUCAUCGGAGGACCCGUGAAUUCUAGCCUUAACUCCGCGCUGGUGAAUCGUCCGUACGUGUCGUCUGUUAUGGAUGACUCGAGCAGAAUGUACCAACCUAACCCCAAUGCCGGAGUCAUCGGUAAGAAGCCGAAGAAAGGGCGUAAGGGUCUGGAAGACAUGUCGAACCUCGAUUCUGUUUUCACGCCUCAAGAUAUGUUGGGUGACAUGGAUGCGUCAGAUCGUGACGUCGAAGCCUUCAAACGCUUUUGUCUGUACGAUGUGCCGAGGCCUGAUGGCGAGAAACCCAAGAUCAACUUCAACGUCAAGGACAUCCUCAUCAAGAAGAAGACUGAGGGCGACAUGUAACAGACUUUUUCCCGCUCUGGCACUAGCUCAUUUAUAACUUUUUCGAAUAAAGGAUGUUCCCUUCUGAAAUUAGGUUGCGCGACGCCUCUUAUUUUGUGUUAUGCAGCUGUAGUUUCGUUUUUAGUUUUCUCUGAGCUUCGUUACAUCUGGCCUUUGAGACAGGCAGUUGAAUUGUAACUGUCUGAGAUAUAAUCAUUCCGUAUGUAUUUCUAACUGAUAAAAAAUUAUAAGGGAUUAAGUCUUAUUGAAUGAAGCGCUUCAAUUGAAUGUCUGUUUUGUCUCUGACUGUUAGAGGGUAUUUUUAGUGGCAUUUCCGCUACCAAUAUUGGAUAUGUGAUGCAUUGGACCGGUAUUUUGCACUUCAAGGCAGCACUUCACAGCUUUUGUUUAUUAUCAUGAUUUAGGUAAGCACAUUUAUUUACAGACAGAAAUGUCUUUUAUUUUGCAUAACGGACAGUUUUGAAGUUGAAGGCUGAGGCAGCAGUUGUCUCUGCCGGAUCCGUUACCAACCUUGAAAUUGCGAUGACUUGAAAUUCAGAAUCAAAGCUUGAGUCAAUUUGAUGGCCACACCUGGCCUUAAGGCCGCACGUAAUUCAGUUUUAAGUUUAUUCUUACGUAAUAGCUGCGUGGCUGCUGCUAGGCAUAAAUCACUUCGUAGCCUAGAGGCUUCAUUAAACAUCGGCUGGGUUGAGCAUGUCAAAGCCCACAUAAACGUAACUUUUCCUUGUUAACUUCUAAGCCGCGAGUGAUUCAAUUUAUGGUUCUUGUCUCCAAUUACAUUAUGUACGGAG